GACUUCACCGAAGACAAGCUCCAAGAAUGGCUGGCUGGCUUCGGCGCUCUCGAAGAGGUCUUUCUCUUGCGAGAUGCAGACCGCAGGCUCAAUGCCAAGGGCUACGUGCGCUUCCAAACCCACCGAGACGCGGAGAACUGCAUCUCUGCGCAAGCGUCAGAACAAGAUGCAGAGGAGGGUGAUGUAGUCGCUUGGUGGUCUGAGUCGGAGCGGGCACUGCGAUCCGCUUACGGACCGAACCUCCAUAGUGCUCUCGCAAGCAACGACGGACGCGUGUUCUCAAGCCUUCUUGAGUCCUGCGAAGUCCGCGAAGUCUGGAUGCAGAGCAAGCUAUGGCGGUCGAAGGAUCCCGUGGCCCCGCCGCUGCAGGGGAAGCAGGUGCACUUCGUGUCCACCUGCACUGCCCGGCAGCGCGACGAAAUCCAGGAAGCCCUCAGCAUUGCGAUGCAGGCCUUCCACGAUCGCGGCCGGGGCGAGGACGGCCGGGGUGGCAGCAGCAGUUCUAGACAAGCAGAUGCCAAGCCAGCUUGGUCCACGCCGUGCCAAAGUUGGUCGCUCAGUGCGGUUCCGCCGGCGCGGCCACCGGCACCGUGGGGAUACAAUGAUCCCUAUGCGAUGCGACCUCCUGGUCCCUGGGCCCCACCUUGGCGAGGGCCCAUGCCUCCGCCACCCGGCUUCGGCGGUCCGCCGAUGCCGCCACCUGGCGCUCCACCUCCGCCAGGCGCGCCCCCUGUGCCUGCAGAGAAGAAGCGCUCCAGGAGCAGGAGGAGAGCGCGACGCAAGGAGAAAGGGCGGCAGAAAGAGGACAUCGAUCCUGCUAGUGCCAUGGCGGAGGUCACCAACGACCCUGAGGUGCAGCGCCUCGUCUACGAGGGCGAAGCGUUGAUAAAGGAGGGCAAGGAGCUGUGCCAACAAGGCGACCGAGCUCGUGCCUAUGACAAGUUCUAUGCGGGCCUGCAGUAUCUGCUGAAAGUGAUGCCUGCUUUGGGCGAGGGCGCCGACUCCAAGCCGGCGCUGGCGCUGAAAGCCAAGAUUCACGGCUACCUCGACGAGACCGAGAAGCUGAAAGCAGAGUUGGACUCCGGCGAGGCGUCGAAAGCCCCGGACAGCCACAUGCCAGCUCUCGAGGACGAUGUGGAGGGCUGCCUCGGGCGCGGUGAGGAUCUCAUCAUCGCUGGGCAGAGACUUGCUGAGCGCGGCAAGCUGGGUCAGGCAUACGAGUCCUACUGCGAGGGGAUCCAGCUGCUUCUCAAGGUCAUGCCACGUCUGUCCGAGGACGAUCCCCGUGAACGCCCACGCAUUACGCGCCUGCGGGGCAAGAUCAGCAAAUACCUCGAAGAGGCCGAGUCCGUGAAGGAGCAGCGGGAUGAGCAGAACCGUCACGACAAUGGUCGGGACCGAGGUCGAUCCCGAAACUACCGAAAAGGCGACCGUCCGCCCUCCCACGGCCCGGGAUCGCCUGCAGGUUCUCGGCGAAACGGCCGCCGAAGCAGGAGUGGCCGCCGCUUCGAGCUCCGCACCGCAGCAGAGGUCGAGGAUGAAGGUCGCCGAAGCCGUGGACGAGAGGACUCUCCGCCCCGGCAUUCGCAGGCUGCAGCCGGCCAUUUCGAAGAACGGAACGGGCGCGAGCGGCAAAGGUCGCGCCGUGAGUCGAACAGGGAGAGGCGAUCCCCUCCUCGAGAAGCCAGCCGAUCACGGACCUGGACGCAGGAGAAGGCGCCUUGCUGGGAGGAGACUCUGUGCCGGCCGAAGUCCGCCGCGAAGCCGGGUAGCGCGUCUUUGUCAGCCGCGCCACCACUCCUUCGGCCAAAAUCGGCAGCAAAGCCGCAAAAGAGAUGA